GGCCAUGUUUGAGGUGGAUAUGCGAGAGCGUGGUGAUGGUUCAGUGACUCUGGGUAACCAGUGUCCAGUGGCAGUGCGUUUAUUCCUGGACUUUGCCUAUUCAGGAGAGAUGCUCAUCACUGAUAGCAAUGUAGACAUGCUGUUUCAGCUUGCUUCUUUUCUGCAGGUCUCAGUCUUGUCCGAAGCGUGCAGCAAGUUCCUGAUAAGAGCCAUGGAUCUCAGUAACUGCCUGUCCCUAUUCUCGCUUGCUGAGGCCUACGGCUCUGCAUCCCUCCUCCAAAGUGCCAAUGAGUUUGUGGUUCAGAACUUCUCUGAGCUUUCCAAAACCCAGGACUUCCUGGAUAUGCAGGUGAAUGUGUUGGAAGCAUGCCUGAGGUCAGAUGCUCUAAAUGUGCCCAGUGAGGAGGCUGUGGUGAUGUCUCUUCUUAGAUGGAUACGCCAUGAUCUCUCGGAAAGACAAAAGCUGUUGCCGGGUUUGUUAUCUCUAACCAGAUUCCACCACCUACCUGCACCUACUCUGCGUGAUUCAGAUGAUCUCCUCUGCAAUAGUAAGUCCUGCCUCGCCCUGCUCUCUGAAGCUCAGAGCAGGCAGGAUCAGUACAGCGGCCUGCUCUCUGACGCCAGGCCAGCCACCACACAGAGCUACAUCUUCAUCCACAAAACAGAGGAGAACGGCGAGAUCCGCCACAGCUUCUGCUACCAUCUGGAGACAGACCAGUGGAAAGAGCUGGGAACAGGGCACGGAGAGGGGACGGCCAUGAUGCCAGACCCACCGGGUUCCUACCUCACCAGCUUUGCUGAGAAGAUAUUUGUGACAGGUGGAUGCCGGGGGAACUGUUGCCGGGCAAUACGUCUCCAUGUGGCCGAGCCGUUCCAUGACGCCACAGAUGAGGUUUGGUGCUUCUGUCCUGUGACCCUCACCUGCACGCCGGCUCCAGCCAUGCUGAAGCCCAGAACCACACACACAGCUGUAACCUGCCUGGACCGUAUCUACGUCAUUGGAGGACGGACAAGGGGAUCCAGAGGGGGGGCUCCCAGUCUGCUGGAGGUGGAGUAUUUUAAUCCUCUGACCCAGACCUGGAGCUCAGUCAGCCCACUGCCCACCGCCAUCUACUACCCUGAGGCCAGUGCUUGUGGCAGUGUUAUCUAUACACUGGGGUCAGAAGUGGAGAUAACAGAUUCCUUUAACCCUUCACUGGACUGCUUCUUCAGCUAUGACGCACAGCAGGACCAGUGGAGCCGCCUGGUGGCAGAGUUUGGACAAUUCUUCCAUGCUACCCUGGUCAAGGCAGUGUCAAUAGAUAACACACUGCACAUCUGUGACCUGUCCACUUACAAGGUCUACAGUUUUUGUCCAGAGACCUGCGUGUGGAAGGGUCAAGGGUCCUUUGAGUGUGCUGGUUUCAACGCAGGAGCAGUGGGUAUGAAAGACAAAAUCUACAUCCUGGGUGGAGACUAUUCACCUGAUGAGAUCACUGAUGAAGUUCAGGUGUACCACAGUGGGAGAAGUCAAUGGGAGGAAGUGGCUCCCAUGCCCAGAGCGCUCACUGAGUUCCACUGUCAGCUCAUCAGCUUCAACAGAUACAAAGACCCAUGGGGGGACACAGCAGAUACACACUCUUGAAUAUAGUUGAUUUGCAUGUGUGUUACAUGUGUCUCUGAUGGAUGCUGGACAGCUGACAGAGGGAAAGACAACCUUCCACCAACACUACAUCUUUCUCACAUCAUUAUAACAAGACUGCACCUGAGCCAGAUUAUGUACUACUUUUUAAUUUAAACAUUUGAUUUCAUAUGUUCACUUUGCACGAGUGAAUUGUCUGCUGUCAUAGGAUCUUUGUUGUAUUUAAAUCAAAAAUAUGGUCCCUCCCAUGGAGGAACCUUAUUGAGCCAAAGACUACAGCAUAUUGGAAAGCCUAUAUUAAUAACUGAUAUAUUUUGUUCUGAUGAUUUAGCUGAUGGAAACCUGCUCAUAGUAUAUUACCUUAUUUAAAACUCAACACAAAUCCUCUUGACAAAAUUGUGUAAAUAAUCUUGUUGGAUUUUCACUUUAAUACUUGCCUUUAUCCUGUUUAGCCUGCCAUGUAUCCAUGCAUGCCCUUUUUCUCCUCUCAUGAAAUAACAUUCUACAUGUGAUCAAUACACAGAUCACCUGACAACUGAACCUAUAGAGAUGAAUACUGUACCUUGGAAGAACAUAAUACGUUUCAGAAACCAGGAGGAGAAAGAUAUGGGCUUCAUGGUGUAAACCACAAAU